CAUAUUCAAGGACUUAGAUGAAUGCAAAGAAGAGAUACACUUUGAUAUUUUUGAUCAGUGUGGUGUUCUGCAGUGCCUUCAUUGUUUUCAGAAAAUCAAACCGUGUUUGGCGCCGUUCUACGAGGAGAAAUUCCUGGCACAACAGAGAAAUCCAAGUAGAUCAACAAAGACUAUGUUUCUUAGACGAAGAAGAUGAGUUUAAGCUGCACGAUAAGGUGGGAUUUCGGCAUGAACGUGCAGCGGCGACGCGAACGACAUGUACUAUGGAAACAUGUUUUGAUAGGACAAAAUGUUUGAGUGACUUUAAAGUUUACGUUUAUCCUACUCAACCUGGCGAGAAGAUUUCUCCUCUUUACGGCAAAAUUUUGAAAGUGUUGAAGGAGAGUAUUUUCUAUACUGAUGAUCCGAAAAAGGCUUGUUUAUUUAUACCUUCUGUAGAUACUCUCGACCGCGAUAAUCUCAGCGAGGAUUACGUUCAUGACUUACCUCACAAAAUUGUAUCGUUGCCACACUGGAAUGGGGGCACAAAUCAUAUUAUAUUUAGCCUUUUCUCCGGAACAUGGCCUGAUUACUCUGAAGACCUACGUUUAGAUACUGGGAAAGCAAUACUUGCUAAAGCAUCACUCUCGACGGAUUUUUAUAGACUAGGCUUUGAUGUCAGUUUUCCACUAUUUUUGAAAAGUCAUCCGCCGAAAGGGAACGCUAUUGAUACUCCUUCAAACUGCGCGGUAUUUCCACUAGAUAGAAAGUAUAAACUUGCAUUUAAAGGAAAACGUUAUCUUAGUGGUAUAGGAAGCGAGUCCAGAAACUCAUUUUAUCACAUUCACAAUGGAAAAGACAUUGUGCUGUUAACAACGUGCAAGCAUGGAAAAAAUUGGAGAAAAAACAUGGAUGAACGAUGCGAGAAAGACAACGAAGAAUAUGACAAGUAAGUAAUAAGCGUCCGAUUUAUUUUGAUAUAGUACACAGCUGAUCGCUUAAUGAUCCUUUUGAAAUGAAAAAUAAAUUCAAAGUUUAGUUGUAAGGUGUCGUUAUCCAAGCCAAGUUUGGCUCUAACAGCAGGUUAUGUUCGACUUAGUUUUUAAUUGCGAAUUUAAUCUGGAGGAAUGUACCUCUUCAGCAGUUGUAAGCUUGUACUCAGAGGUUCAUGCUGCGAAUUAAGCUCACAUGUAAUUCCAACGCAUUUGUCUAUUGUCUGCCUCAGUGUUGGCUCCUUAGACCUUUUACGACGUUCAAACGAUGUGAGAAUCAUUCUGAAUAAUGCUAUAAUUUCUAUCACGUGGAUAUUCCAUUGUGAUUAUUUCUAAGGAACUAAAAUGUAUGUUUUUGUUGAUGUUCAACGCAUGACUUAAAUUAGCCAAGGAAUGAGCUGCAUAAAACCAGGCAUUAAUUCCACAUUUUGCACUCAAAUGUUUCUGAUUUUGUUAUCGUUCGCGAGAAGUGACUACAUCUAUUAAUUUAACUCUUGCAUGUUAUAACCAUUCGCUCCAAUUGCUCUCCUAACUGUUAAUUAACACAGACUUAACUUUCUUUGCUUUGUGGAGCGUAAACAUUAUCUUGUCUAGUUGAAUACCUAGAUGUGCCCUUCAUUUCGUGAACAAAAUGUGCAAAUUUUUCACGCAAAUUUGCAUAGAAUUUAUGUAUGUUUUUGUCGCGUACAUUUUUACGCCGCAAAAUAACGAUAUCAGAUAUUGAAAACCGCAUAUUGAUAUUGAUUUUUGACAUGAUUGGUAAGAAUUUGGCGUUAAUUUCGAAAGAGGGUUUAAAAUCAUUCUUUCGCGGUUUUUAGUUUUAGCGCAAAAAUAUACCUCUCCGUUCUUACUAGACAAACCAAAUUAAUAUAAGCAAUACUCACACCUUUUAAUGGCUUAUAACUGAUUAUUUUGCUUAGAUUUGCGUUUCUCUUAAUAUAGUUCUGAGAAUUUUCACUUAAAUAAAAGAUAUUCUGAAAUUAAUUUGAUGUACAGCAUAAUUAAGCUGAUAAAGUUAUUCAGUUUAUACAUUUGUAGGUGUGGAGUGUUAAAGGACUCAAGGUCAUUUUGUGCUUAAGUUGUUUGAUUCAGGCAAAAUCUGCUUCACAUGGGCUUUCCCUUGCAUGUGGUUUUUUUUUUCCUUUUUUUCUUUUUCAAAUAAUAAAAUGUGUACUUCUUUGUUGCAAAGACAUGGUCCACUUGAAGCAUGAUGAACUGCGUCUAUUUCCUUACCCACGCAUGGACAUAACAAAAGCUUUUAAACCUGAAAGAGCAUUAUUCAAUAAUGAUUAAUGUCUUAUAGAGUAAGGGUGUUAUUCUUCUGUUUCUGGACAAUUUUGAAAGUUCAUGUGAUCGUGGUUCAUGAAUCAAAGGUUCAGGAAACAUUUUUGUAAAAUCGACUCUAAUAUUAGCAACAACUUUGCCUGAGAUGUUUUAAGAUUAACCAAUGAUGUGAGAAACCACGAAAUAGUUGGCAUUCCCAAGUAGCUGAGAGAAGUUCUGCCCUGCUAGCUUUUUGAGGGUGACUUCCUCUUUUUUCAGAGUUUUUUUGUUCAGUUAAAAGGCACAGAUGGGAAAAUGGUAGACACUGUCUGGCUGCUUAUUUAUUGAAGUGGUUUUUUUGUUUACAUUUAACUCUGAAGUAGGUUUGUUUCCACCAACAUACAUAAAUUUGUGAUUAAUAAUAUAAAAUUUAUGGAUUCACUACCAGGGAUAUGUAAAAAUUCAGAAGAAAUACUUUAACAAGUCCUAAAAGUGUCAUUGCAAGAGACAACCACUAUAUUUGUGAAAGUUAUUCCAAGCUGAAACUUAAAAAUAGCUCCAUUACUAACAGUGAAAGUGAAAUUGUUGAAUGAUAUCGUAACUUUUCUAAAGAAGUGCUGAAAGUCUGGGAGUUGUUUUUAACGGAAGUUAUAUUAUUGUCUAAGAACCUUGCGCAGUUUCAUAAUAACUUAAGUAUGAGGUUGGGAAUGUUCAAUAUUCUUUUGCAAUUUUUCAUGCACACUUAACAUGAUAAUACUCAAGAAAACUCCGCAGCAUUACUUCGCAUAUUUUACCUGUGACGUGCAUAAUUUCUUUAAAUGUAGAGGGAACUAUAAGAUAUUGUGUCAGUAGGAUGGAAGAAUAUCAUAGAGGAAUUUAUAAACUUAAAAGAAAAAUGGAUGUGUAUGAACUGCAAAGAUUAAAACAGAUUGUAAAUGAGGAAAAAUUUAGGUAUAUAUUUUCAAGAUAAGCCAAUACAAAUUCUCGAACACUUGAAUUCCUUUGACUUUUUUUAGUCUUCUAAAUAUGCUAACAACAAUUUUUAUCACAAAAUUAAUCAUGAUUAAUGCAAAUUAUUUUUCUUUCAGACUGACAGGAAAGGGUAUUGAAAAAACCGUAAUUGUUAAGUUAAUUUUAUUUUGUCAAAAAAUACUCAUCAAUAUGUCAUACUCGCCGUCAAUACUAAGGCAUUUUUAGACACAAUUUCUUUACUAUGGCAAACAAAGUAGAUUUGUUUUUAUGGUGGUUUCAUUUAUGGCUGCGAGAUAAUAGAACUUAAUUUAAUUAGUUUUCUGUUGAAUCAUUGAUUGUUUGGAGUAAUUCAGCUGUAUUUGUUCAACCUUCACAAAUUUUGACAAAUACUUUCCAUUCUUGCACCUGUAAUGAUAGUUAUAUAUCGUGAGAAGACUAGGAUGUCUCAAUAUUUUUUUUUCAAAAAGGCCUGGAAAGAUAUUGGGAGAAGGAAAAUACAAAAGUUUGGCUACUAAACUUAAUACUGUCAAACCUAUGAAAACUUGUGGAGUUCAGUGUUCUCUGCGGAUUUUUAGCAACCAGUUAUUAAGAAUCUCUGUCCACAAAGGUGAAGGUAAUUUAUUUCAGAACAAGACUGGUGCAGAAAUGAGUGGGAAGCAUAAAUGCUUAUCACUUGUGCUUCUGAACACUGACUGAAUCCAAAUAAGGCUAUUAAAGAUGAAUUAGAAAAUAAUCAUUUAUUAUUUAUCAUUAAUUCCUCGCAGAUAUGACUAUGAAGAACUUUUGAAAAAUGCGACAUUUUGUUUGGCUCCUCGCGGUAGACGUCUUGGCUCCUAUCGAUUUUUGGAAUCUCUUCAAGCAGGUUGUAUUCCAGUUUUGCUGAGCAAUGGAUGGGAACUGCCAUUUUCUGAGGUUAUUGAUUGGAGCAAAGCAUUGAUUCAAGGGGAUGAACGUCUUUUGACAGAGAUCCCAUCAGUUGUCAGGUCAUAUGGUAAAGAGGAGAUCCUAGCUAUGAAGCAACAAACACUGUUUCUUUGGGAGGCUUAUUUCUCAUCUAUAGAAAAGAUCUUGUUCACCACUUUAGAGGUGCGUCCAAAUAUUUUGUUACAAUUUUGUAUUGAUGAGUCUGUUAUAACCUAUAAUUAAACCUUUCACUCUCAAGAUCUCAUCAGUAAUUCUCUCUAAUGUCUGCUAUACAAUUCUUACAAUGAUAGUUUGGAGAAUUUAGUAUCACAUCAACCAUUAAUUGGCUAAUUGAUCAUUUUCUUCAUUCUCAUCACUUCUCUAUUUAAAAUCGUACAAAUCCUGUAUGGGGAAAUUUUGUCUGUUUCACUCUGGGAGGAAAAAGGUUGUAUGUUUUAAAUGUGAAGUCUGGUUUGUGUUCAAGAGAAGAAAAAUCUGCACUUGAGCCAAGUGGUUCAUUCAGCUAAAGGUUUUUGCAGUUUCCAUAGCAUGAUGCAACAAGUAUCAUUGUUCAUUGUUACUCCACCUCAAAUGAGAUGCUAGUCCAUAACAGGUCCCCACCUCCCUUCCCCAAGGAUUUUGUCAGGUUCCAGUGACGGCUGGCCUGUACACAUCUUUACAACUGGGAGGAGAGAGAGUAAAGUGUUUUGUUCUAAAAAUGAAAUAUGAUGACUCGGCUAUUUCCUGAACCUGGACCUCUUGACUCAGAGUCCAACAUUAAACCGUUGAUUCAUUGCAUUUCAAAUACUUCUUAGAGUGACAGUUGUUGAAAUUAUCUACACAACUGGAUUUAAAUUCAAAUUCUCAAUACUAACCAGCCAAGGAUAUACCACUAUUAGUUGGGAGAAUCAACUCUUAGAUCAUGGGAGUUUAAGGUUAACUGGAGAUAUAGUCUUCACCUUUUGAUGUACAUGCUCUUGAAUAAAACCCUUCUUGCAUACAGGGCUGUCUUGAAAAAGUCAUUUUUUCAAAUUACCUUCAAAUUGAGUAUUUAAAUAUUCCUGUAAUUUAGCAGAGUUGAUAUUUUCAUCCCCAAGAUAUAAAUAUCUUUUCUCUGCCUGUCUGCUUUACAUUCCUUACCUUUUUAGCCCUGUAAUUUGGUGUCAAAUGAAACAGUCUUCCUUGGUUGAUAUUUCAUCACCUCUACUACAAAAUUUUAUAUAUCUAUUUUUCCACUAUUUUCCAUAGUUAGAGGCUCUCCAUGGUUCAGCCUUAAAGCUGAUUUCAAUGGAGGCCUUUUUAAACACUAACAAGGCCAGACUACAACACUUGGAGCUAAAUUUCCUUCUCUUUGCAACAAGAGCAUGGGAUCUUGAACGUGCCCUGCUAACCAGUACAGAGAAGACUAGAAUAUCUAAUCAUUUGUGAAUGUCAUAGCAAAGGAUGCUCUUUGUCCUCAGUUAUUUUAAGACUGUGAGUGUUGGUCUGGUCUGGUGUGUGAAUCUUUGACCUCCUGCACUGCAGUCUGGCAUUUUACAAUAUGCACUAACCAAGCACAGUUCAAUCAUUCAUCUAUUUAUUUGAGUUAAUAAGAUUUUUAUUGUUGUGUUAAUUUUGUAAUGUAUGUUUCAGGUCAUCCGUAUGCGAUUAUUUCCAAACAAGGCUGUUCUGAAGCCAUUGUGGAACACUUUUCCUGGGGCUCUUGUCAUGAGACCUCAGUAUUCUAUGGAUCCAAAAGACUUUCCAUUUUUUUAUAGCAAGCUGGGAAUUGUAGAAGAGAAAUUCACUGCAGUUAUAUACAGCACAACAUCUGUCCUCAAGGACUCUUCAGCUCUCAGCAGGUUAAUCAAGAAUGUUGGAAAAUCCAAGUUCAUUGCCAAGGUAAUUAAGACAACAUAUUAAAUCUUUGGUUUCCAAGCUGGGGUUACUACCUCGUCAGUUCAAAAAAUUCCAUUAGAUCACUGGAAGAUAUCUUGUUCCUGUCCCAAAUUGGAUUUGUAUCCUCAUCCAUGGAUAAAUAACUGGCAAAGUUAAUGUCAAAUUUGGGGAAAUGCCUCACAUAGCAUCUGCUUGCACUAAAAUUAAUUGACAUAACAAUAUUGAUUGAUCUUGACUCGUCUCUCCUUAAUGGUGAGAAAUGAAAAAAGAUAUGUGUACCUUGAAUAAAUGUCCGCUAAGUCAUUGAAAUUUGACAGUGACAAAACUCUCAAGAAACAAAGUAAAGUCCUUCCAAUGUCCUUAAAAUUUUGUCAAAUGAGUCGCACAUUAAUGGCACAAGCUUGCCUAUGGGAAAGGUAUGGAAUUUAAAGCCUUAGCCAAGUCUUAACUGACUGAAUUAAUCAGUCGUCAACUGUAAUGUUAUUCUAAAAUUCACUACCUAAAUUUAGUCAUCCACUUUGGUCACAAUCAGCUACUGUUUAGUAAUGUUUGAGUCUUUGCACACUCACCUCAAUAUGCAUAUUUUCCAUACUGUUCUCUAUAAAUAUCCUAAUGUGCUGACAAGAAGAAUUCUUUUGCCAGUGAUCAUUUCCUUUCUUAAAGUCUUAUUGAGAGACUUCAAGGUGUGACUCCGGAAGGGGGGGGAGAUGAUAACCUACAUGCUAGUCACUCUUAGGGGUCAGAGGUUAAGUUAAGUCCUCCAAUAAUGUAUUCUAUUUUCUGCUCUGCAGUGAGUCAACUUUUUUCUGUUCUGUGAUCCCCUCCAGAUUAUAGUUUUGUGGACAGCUGAUGUUCCAUUUGCUCAUAGUAGAAAAUGGCCACAAGUUGGUGUUCCAUUGGUGAUCGUGAGACCGGAAUCUAAGGUACACAGAAAAUUACAUCAAUAGCACUCGACUGCAUCUCAUGUGCCACUUUUUUGUGUUUAUGUCAUCUGUGAUUUAUUACUUAACAGACCUAUGGCAACAUUGAAUCUUUUUGUUAAUUAUAUAUGUUAUUGUACAGAAACGUCCACCAGAUGUGACUGACUUUUUGUGUUGACUCUUCUUUGCAGACAGGAAACAGUCGUUUUGUGCCCAGAGCAGUGAUAGAAACAUCUGCAGUUUUGUCCCUAGAUGAGGAUAUCAUAUUAAAUUCUGAUGCGGUAAAUAUUAAAUUAUGAUCAUAGAUAAUACUCUUUUUUCUCCCAAGAUCUCAUUAGUAAUUCUCACUGUGGUCUGCCAUAUGGUUCUUAAGAUGUUGCUUCAGAGAAUUUAGUAUAUUAUCAGCUAAUAAUCCUCUAUUUAAUAUUUUUCUUUAUUCUCAUCACUUGUCUGCUUGAUGUUGUAUUGAUAUUGUGGGGAGAAAUUUUGUCUUGAUCACUCGUGGGAGUUAAAGGAAAAAACCAAAUCCUAGGAGAUGCCAUACUUGGGAAAUGAGAAUUCUGUCUUUUAUCUAAUCCCUGAAAAUCACCAACAGAACUGUUAAGUGGUCAUGAAUUUUUGUAUUCUGGCCAGAGCUAAAUGUAAAAACCCUGUGGAUUGUUGGCAGAACAUUAAAACAAAGUAGGAGUAGCUGCAGUACAAACAUUCAACAAUUUGGUAAUUUUGUUGGUAGAACUUCACAAAGAUAUGUAUUCAAACUUAUACAGUUCAAAAUAACCAAAAUGAAGCACACAUGAUUCCCUGUAACUCUGAGUUUUGUGCUUACGUACUCAUCAGACAGAUUUAAUGAAAGAUUUAAUGAAAAGCAUUCUUGUAGGCUAAUUUAUAUAUAUAAAAAAGAUAGCUGCUGAUUACAAUAGGUUGUUGUAAUCAGCAGCUAUCUUUUUUAUAUAUAUAAAUUAGCCUACAAGAAUGUUUUUCAUUUAAUCUGUCUGACAAGUGCGUAAGCACGAAACUUAGAGUUACAGGGAAUCAUGCGUGCUUCAUUUUAGUCAUUUUGAACUGUAUUGCUCUACACUCAUGUGUAUUGAGCACUUUCCAACAGCAUUUGCUACAAUUUCCCACACUUAUUCAAACUUCUAAAAAUUUUCAAGUGGUUUGAUACUUAACUCCCUGUUACUUUUCCAUCCCUUAGAUUGAUUUUGCCUUUUCAACAUGGAGGACAUUUCCAGAUCGAAUUGUGGGUUUUGCAGCCAGAAGCCAUUACUGGAACAGUGCCAGAUCACAGUGGAGCUAUUCUUCCAUUUUGAGUGAUCAGUUCUCCAUUAUUCUGACCAAUGGAGCUUUCUAUCACAGGUAAUGUUCUCGUAGAAAAUUCUUAGAGAGUAGUUGGAUUAGGUUAGAGGCUUUGAUUGUUUUUUGACUGAGUUAAAUAAAAACGAAAAUCAACACUGUCACAAUGGGUAAUCAGAACCAAAGAAAACUUCACAGAGUUAAUAAGAACUUAACCCUUUAACUCCCAUGAGUGGCCAAGAAAGAAUUUCUCCUUACAAUAUCAAUACAAUAUCAACCAGAUAAGUGAUGAGAAUAAAGAAAAAGAUCAAUUUGGGGAUAAUUAGUUGAUCUAAUACCAAGUUCUCUGAACUAACAUUAUAAGAAUUCUAUGGUUGACAGUAAGGAGAAUUAAAAUUUUGAUCUGGGAGUUAAAGGGUUAAUGUGAUGAAGCAAUGCAACUGUACGAGAAACUCAACCAUAUUGAAAACUGUUCCAUAAUACAUAGGCAGUCAUUGAAAGAAAACUAUGAAAUGGUGAUUUCCCUAGUGAUUUUCCACAGGUGUUAGUAAUAUAUGCAAAGUAGUUAAGACCACCGACUGGAAAUAACCAUCUGAAUAACAACAAGUGAAUAAUUAUGAACAAAAUUAACCCAAAUGUUUAUUAGGCUGUUCAGACUAUUCUGCACUUAAAGUAUAAACACAAAAACAAAAGCUGCCCGGAGGGAUCGGAGUCCAGAUAGGCAUUUUAACCAUUUAAUCUCAUAAUUCUUUGCAUUACUUUUGUUUACUGCCUUGCCUGAUGGGAUGAUCAUUUACCCCCUUCUCUCCCCUCCCCUCCUGCAUGGGAUUACCGUAUUUACCCGUGUAUAAUACGCACUUUUUUCUAUAAAAAUAACCAUCAAAAUAGCAGUGCGUGAAGCAUGUUCUAAUUUGCAUACGUUAAAAACACAGCAAAGAAAGUAACAAAAGCCUAGUAGUAAUUGGUCUUUAUUAGCUUGAGUUAAAUAAUCUACAGAUGAAACAUUUUCAAUUUUGAUCCACAAACGCAACAAAGGGAAGUAAUGAAAGCCUAGUUGUAAUUGGUCUUUAUUAGCUUGAGUUAAAUAAUCUACCAAUGAAACAUUUUCAAUUUUGAUCCAUAAAUAAAUUUAGUAGAGUAUUUAAGGAACAGCUGACGAGAUAAACAUUACGACCGUAUUACUGUAAUCACAAGCGAUAAGAAAUUCAAAAUGGUAACGAAACUUACCACUGCGAAACGUCAGUUGUAGGAAGAAUUAACGGUUUUUUUGCUGUGAAAACUUUUUUUUUAUGAAGAAUUUGGUCAAAAAUUGGGGUGCAUAUUAUACAUGGGCGCGUAUUAUACACAGGUAAAUACGGUAAUCCUUUGGAUGGGCUGGUUCUUCCUUGGAUCUGAUGUACCUGUCUCCAUGAAAUGUAACUUCCCUGGAUGGAAUAUGUUUAUUAUUGUAUAAAAAGUAUCAGCUAGCCCUCAUUUACUCCUCUUUGUGAAGGCAGUAAGUUCCACUUAAGAGUGAAACACAGGACCCUGGCUAUUUCACAAAUUACAUUCACUUUUGGACACUUUCUAAUUUUGAACAAUCUCAUCCAUUUUCCAGGUAUUACAAUUAUCUGUACACUCAUAAUCUUCCACCAAGGGUUCAUCGCAUGGUUGAACACCAUGGUACAUGCGAGGAUCUUGCCAUGAAUUUCUUAGUCGCAGACAUCACACGAAAACCACCCAUCAAAGUCUUGACACAGCAAAAAUUCCAAGACUUGAACAGCGCAAAUACAAGGUAUUCCAAGCUGGUGCAGCUCUUUGAACAGCGGCAGAGAUGUAUGGAGUCUUUAGUUGAUAUUUUUGGUUACAUGCCGUUGGUCAAGUCAUAUGUUAGAAUGGAUCCUUCACUCCACAAGGAUCCCGUGUCAAAUUUACGCAAACAGUACAGGCUGUUGGAAUAA